CAUUUGCUGAGCACCAGGGAGACAAGCCAAGCAGGCAGGACAUGUGGCUGCUCCCGGUUCUGUUCCUUCUCAUGGUCCAAGGCCACUUCUCCACGCAGGGGGAGAGAACAGUGAAAGGCAUAGAGGGGGGCACACUGACCACAUCCUGUGAGUAUGGCCCAGGAUGGGAAUCCUAUAGGAAGUGGUGGUGUCGAGGGAAGAAUUGGAAUUCCUGCAGAAUCCUUGUUAAAACGACCGGGUCAGAGAAACUGGUGAAGAAGGGCAGAGCGUCCAUCCAGGAUAACCGCAGCCAACGCAAAUUCAACGUGACCUUGGAGGAUCUCCGUCGGGAUGACGCAGACAUCUACUGGUGUGGGAUUGAGCGAACCGGCAAUGACCUAGGGUACAAAGUUUCCGUGGUUGUCGACCCAGCCCCUGAUCCAACAGACUCAUCCAAGCCUGUAAUAACAGCAACCCUACCCAGUUGGAUUUCCACUCUUCCAUUUACCCAGACCAUCAACAGCAGCCAGCCCGUGAAUUUGACUAACCCGCUAACCAGGUCGGAAACCCUGGCCUUCAACGUAGCAGCAGAGAAUCCUCCUGUGUGGAUCCUCCUGGUACCUCCACUCCUCGUGACUCUGGAGUGGCUCUGCCGAGGAUAA